AUGCCUUCAGCUCGGAGCCGGGCCGUCUCCGCGCCCGGGGUGCUGCUCCUGGCUCUGAUGCUGCACUGCAACUUCGGGCGCUGCGGAGCAGGAAUUGAGUACGGCGAUGUGCUUCCAGAUUCCUUCCCAUCAGCCCCUGCAGAGACCCUCCCCCAUUUCCUACUGGAGCCACAAGAUGCAUACAUUGUAAAGAACAAACCUGUGGAGCUGAUCUGCAGAGCCAACCCAGCCACUCAGAUUUACUUCAAGUGCAAUGGCGAGUGGGUCAAUCAGAAUGACCAUCUCACUAAGGAGAGCCUGGAUGAGGUGACUGGGAUGCUGGUGCGGGAGGUCCAGAUCGAGGUCUCCCGGCAGCAGGUGGAGGAGCUCUUUGGUUUAGAAGAUUACUGGUGUCAGUGUGUGGCAUGGAGCUCUGCUGGGACCACAAAAAGCCGAAGAGCCUACGUCCGGAUAGCGUACCUGAGGAAGAACUUUGACCAGGAGCCUCUAGGGAAAGAGGUUCCACUGGAACAUGAGGUGUUACUGCAGUGCCGCCCCCCGGAGGGGGUGCCAACAGCAGAGGUGGAGUGGCUGAGGAAUGAGGAUGUUAUUGACACUACCCGAGACACCAACUUCCUGAUAACCAUAGAUCAUAACCUCAUAAUCAAGCAGGCCAGGCUUUCAGACACCGCCAACUAUACCUGCGUGGCCAAGAAUAUUGUGGCUAAGCGCCGGAGCACCACAGCCACUGUCAUCGUCUAUGUGAAUGGUGGCUGGUCCACCUGGUCAGAAUGGUCUCAAUGCAACAACCGCUGUGGCCGUGGCUGGCAGAAGCGCACCCGGACCUGCACCAACCCAGCACCUCUCAAUGGCGGCUCCUCCUGUGAGGGGCAACCCUUCCAAAAAAUCGCCUGUACCACGAUGUGCCCAGUAGAUGGAGCCUGGACAGAGUGGAGCAAGUGGUCAGCCUGCAGCACGGAGUGCACCCACUGGAGGAGCCGGGAAUGCACUGCCCCAUCCCCGAAAAACGGAGGCAAGGACUGCAGCGGAGUGUUGCUGGACUCCAAAAACUGCACCGAUGGACUGUGCAUGCAAAAUAAAAGAGUUCUAACCGAACCCAAAAGUCACUUGUUGGAAACCACGGGGGAUGUGGCCCUGUAUGCCGGCCUGGUUGUGGCCAUCUUUGUUUUCAUCGUCAUCCUGAUGGCCAUCGGAGUGGUUGUGUACCGGCGCAGCUGCCGGGAUUUUGACACUGACAUCACAGACUCCUCAGCUGCCCUGACUGGAGGCUUUCACCCAGUCAACUUCAAGACCUCCAGGCACAACAAUCCCCAGUUGUUGCACCCUUCCAUGCAGCCUGACCUAACAGCCAAUGCCGGUGUAUAUCGUGGCCCGAUGUAUGCCCUGCAGGACUCCUCUGACAAGAUCCCAAUGACCAACUCCCCCCUGCUUGACCCACUCCCAAACCUAAAGAUCAAAGUGUACAACUCCUCCACAGCAUCCUCCUCCCCCAGGCUGAAUGACGGGGCAGACCUGCUUGGGGCAGUGCCCACGGGCACCUACCCAGGGGACAUUGCCAGGGACAAUCACUUUAUGAACAUAAGGAACAAGGCCAUGGGCUCUCAGCAUCUCCUCACCCUGCCCCGGGAGCAUGGGAACAGUGCCACUGGCACAUUUGGCUGCUUGGGAGGAAGGCUCACUAUCCCGGAUACAGGAGUGAGUCUGCUGGUGCCUCAUGGAGCAAUCCCACAGGGGAAGUUCUACGAAAUGUAUCUGAUCAUCAACAAAGCAGAAAACACACUCUUACCUUCAGAAGGCACGCAGACAGUAUUGAGUCCCAUGGUGACCUGCGGACCCACUGGGCUGCUCUUGUGUCGUCCAGUCAUUCUCACCAUCCCCCAUUGUGCGGACAUCAACUCCUCAGACUGGAUUUUCCAGCUGAAAACACAAUCCCACCAAGGAAACUGGGAGGAAGUUGUGACCCUGGAUGAGGAGACCCUGAACACUCCCUGCUACUGCCAGCUUGAGCCUAAGUCUUGCCAUGUUUUACUAGACCAGCUUGGCACCUAUGUUUUUGUGGGAGAGUCCUACUCCAGGUCAGCCAUCAAGAGACUUCAGCUGGCUAUCUUUGCACCUACCGUCUGCACCUCAUUAGAAUACAGCCUCAAAGUGUACUGCUUGGAGGACACACCAGACGCAUUGAAGGAAGUGCUUGAACUGGAAAAGACUCUGGGUGGCUACCUGAUAGAGGAACCCAAGCCACUACUCUUUAAAGACAGUUAUCACAACCUACGCCUCUCCAUCCAUGAUAUCCCCCACUCGCUGUGGAAGAGCAAGCUGCUGGCUAAAUACCAGGAAAUCCCCUUUUAUCACAUCUGGAGUGGCAGCCAGAGGGCUCUGCACUGCACCUUCACCCUGGAGAGAUACAGCCUGGCUUCCACAGAGCUCACCUGCAAGAUCUGCGUCCGGCAGGUGGAAGGGGAAGGGCAGAUAUUCCAGCUGCACACUACACUCGGAGAGAAUGCCAGCUCCUUUGAUGCCUUCUGCUUGCACCAUGGCAGUGCUGUGACUACCCAGCUGGGACCCUAUGCCUUCAAGAUCCCGCUAUCCAUCCGGCAGAAAAUCUGCAACAGCCUUGAUGCCCCCAAUUCAAGAGGAAAUGACUGGAGACUUCUUGCUCAGAAACUUUCCAUGGAUCGGUAUCUGAACUACUUUGCCACCAAAGCCAGCCCAACAGGGGUGAUCCUGGACUUAUGGGAAGCCCAGCACCAAGAUGAUGGUGAUCUCAAUACCCUGGCUAGUGCCUUGGAAGAGAUGGGCAAGAGCGAGAUGCUGGUUGUCAUGGCAACAGAGGGGGACUGCUGA